UUGUAGGGCGAUCGGCGACUGUUGGUAUAUAUUGUUUGAUAUUUAAUUUUUAAUUUAAUUUAUUCAGAUCGUAGAGUACUUACUGAUAUGUUUUAUUAUAUAGAUUUAGUAAUUUUUUUUUAUUAUAAAACGUUAACAAAAAUUCAAUAAUUUUAAUUUCUGUUUUUUAUUCAAUGUUUACAAUUUUUUUUUACUUGCUCUUAUAUUUUGAUUUGCAAUAAAUUGGUGAACAUUAUAAAUUUUAUAUAUUUGUUUAUUAUUUAAGUUUUGUAGAGUGUUUAAUACAAGCAAAAUUAUUACAAAUUUUUCACAAAUUUUAACAGAAUAUGUAUAAAUUAUAAUUAUAUUUUAAUUUUAAUAUUAUUUACACUAUGCAUUUAGGCAUGAGUAUAUGCUAAUAUAUAAAUAUAGCAUGACCCAUUCUUCACUUGAUUUCUUUUUCAAUUGUGUAACGCAUGGUCCUAGACUCCAAGUCCGACUUCAAAUGCAAUUCCUUCCUUAAUUCCUCCAAUUGUGCCGUCUCUUUCAAUUUGAUUAUUAAUUUCUUAAUUAUAUUAUAAUAUUAAUUUUUAACAUUAACAUUAUAAAUUAAUUUAUAAUAUAUUUUUUUUACACCAAAUUCUUGAACUUAAUUUCCUUUGCUUGUCUCCUACAAAAAGAUAUUCAAAUUAUGUAAAAUCCUACACAUUUUAAGUGAAAAAAAUAGCAUAAAGUUAAAAUAAAAAUUAGAUAAAAAUAUGUAUAAAAUUAAGCUCUAGCAGUGCCCACAGAUGCAGUUGAACCAUUAUUCAAACAGAUAGUCAAUCAAUUUGUACAUGAUCGUUCUCGCAUAAAGGUAUCACUUGGUUGCUUUAUUAUUAUUAUUCUAUUACUUGUGCGGUUGUGAUUUAGUGUUCAUAUUUGGUGCUGAGGCAAUUGCUGUUGGAUUGAAUGUUGUGAGAGAGAUAUGUGUCCAUGUCAUAGUAGGUAUGUAUUUUACCUUUUAUUUACUUUAAUAAAUAAAUGUAAAUAAGAAAGUACUCCACAUUUGGAUUCAAUAAAAAUAUCUAAAAAAUCAAAAUCCACAACAAUAAAAAAAUAUAAUUUUGGUUUUAGUAGAAACUUCGGAUUUAGCGAUUUUACCACCCCAAAAUACAUACCUACUAUUUCUUGAAAAAUUUAUUAAAAAUCAUUUUAACAACAAUGAAUAUUAAUUAUUAAAAUACUGGGAGAUAGUUUUUCAAAAUGAAAACGUUUUCUUAUAUGUCUCCUUAUAAUGCUCUAAUCUUCCAGACUUAGAAAAAUAGCAUUUUUUAAAAUGAAAACAUUUUCAUGAUUGAGGGAGAUGAUGAAGAUAUUGACCUUGAUGUUGAUGAUCUCCUUGAUGAUAAUUGAUUAAAACUUCUUUAUUAAUGGUGGACUUGUAGUGUUUAUAUGUUUGUUUAGAACUUUGCAUGAUGAUUGGUAUUUGUUUGAGUUUGAGACUUUAAGUUUGAACUUUGAUGAUGUUUCUAGUUUAGAAUUUGCAUGAUGAAUGAAUCAACUUUGAUGAUGUUAGUUUAGAAUUUGAAGAUAAUGAAUCAUUAAUGAUAUGCAUGUGUUAUUAUUGAUAAUUUGAUAAUUUUUUAUGAUUUUACAAGAUUUUGAGUUUUUUUUUCUAAAAUGUGCGUCUCUCUUCGCAAAAGCACGCCCCGCCUUGUGUGCCUCGUGCCUCAGGCUCUAGGACCCUUUGCGCCUCGUUGCACCUCGCGUCUUUCAAAACUAUGGUCCGUGUACCUUUGGUUUGUCCAUCACUUCUUAUUAAGGACCGUGGCCAUCCUGCUGAUCCAAAGGCAAGGCCAAAAGCAUUUGGGGAAGUGAAUGUUGCCAGCGAUAUAUCCCUGGUGUUGAAUUAUUACGAGAAGAUGAUGACACUGAUGGUGACAAUGAAGCUGGUAGUAGUGGUGAUGGGGAAGAUUUGAAUGACUAUGAACUUGGUAAUUUUUCUGAAGAUGAUAAGAGUGAUAAGUGCCACUGAAGAGGAUGGUGAUGAUGGUGAAGAGGAUGAUGGUGAAGCUGAUGAUUUAGAAACUGGAAGUGAGGAUGAUAGCAUACAAGAAGAUGAUGAAGGAGCUGAAAAUGAAGAUAGUGAUAAUAGUACUGAAAUGUUCAAUGAUUUGAGUGACAGGGAUGACAUAAGUGCUGAUAACCAUGAAAGUAGUGAUGCUGAUAAUGAUGAUAGGGAAGAAGAAGACAAAGAUGAAGAAUCCAAGGCUCUGGUUGAUAAUCAUCUUGGAGGGAAAGUAUCUAAUGCGCAGAAGAGGAAAUUUUCUAAUUUUGAUGGACAAUUGAAUGCUGCCGAUACAAGGCUUCAGGCUUUAAAGAGGUUAGCAGAAGCAAAGAGGCAACAUUUGGCAUCAGAUAAAUCAGAUGGUAUCCUUUCCAAUGAGGACUUCCAAAGAAUCAAAGAACUAGAGGCAAAGAAAGAAGCGAGGAGUGCUUUGACUCAUCAUCGAUUAUUAAGAAAGGGAUCAGAUGCCAAUACAGCUUUUAAAGUUCCAAGUUCUGACCAGCUAAGUGUUAAGAGGGUUGAUCCUGCUAAACUUGAAGCCCAAAUAAAGAAGAAGCUAAGCAAGGAGGAAAGACUGGCAUUAGUAAGAGCAGGAAGGGAAGAGAGAGGGAAGUACCAGGCUCGAACAGCUCUCAAACAAAAAAAGGUCAUAUGAACACCAUAUAAGAGACAUCGUGCACAACACUCACUGCAUAAGAUUGCGUUCUUCUCCGGAUGUCUUAAGUAUGGAAACGUGAUUGAGUCAUAUCAUCCGGAGAGGGUUCUGCGACAAUUUGGGCAUGUGCAGAAUAUACCUCCACCUCCAUUAUCCCCUGUUGAAGCCAAGCGGAGUAUAGCUACGGCAACAUAUAAGGUAAUUUAUAAUUUUAUCAAUGAUAGUUAGAUUCGCUGAGAUUUUCACUUAUUGUCAGCACACCGAUGAGGUGGACGUGCCCGAGUACCAUGGAAUAUAGUGAAGAUUAUUUGCCGUGGUAUUAGCACAUUACGCAUCGAGUCAUACAAAAUCCUAUAAAUAGAUUCGAGUUUGACAGAGGUUAUCAAGAUAGUCACCGUGGCUGAUUACAUGAACUUCCCCCUCAAAGUGUCACCCUCAGAUUAUUAAAUUUUGAAUUUAAAAUUUGGAGGUGCAUUAAUUGCUGGGCCACCCACUCUGUAGUUUUUUAACUCAUGAGUGUGGCCUCUUUUGUACCAACCCACACUCUUUCUCCAGUACACGUAGGGCCCGCGUGCAUUUCCCAACCAAUCACCUGCCACGUGCUCGUCACUGUGGCACUGCAAAGUCCAUGCGGGAUGUACUCCAAACGCGACUUUAUGUAGGCUAACCAAUGGCCAAUAAGUGGACCAAUCACGGUUCACCACGUGGCGAACAAAAAUGGACGUAGAGGCCUUUGUAAUAUUAAAGGGCAUCUACUGGGGGGUAUAUAAGCGACACUAGUUACUCCAAUUCCAGGAACUUUUGCCACGGGCUUCCAACCGAUGUCACCCUUCUUAUUUACGGAAAUGCAAUUUCGAAUUAAUGUCAAAAAUAUUUUCCUCACUUAUCCUCAAUGCUCACUCUCGAAUGAGGAUUGCCUCCAACAGAUCAUUGGCUGCACUCUCACCCUGCAAUUAAAACACAAUAAAAAUAAAUCAUAAUAAAACUUUUAUAUUUUUUUUUAUUUUAGUGAGAGGUUUAUACUCGCCAGUGUACGAGUGCAGUUGUAGUCCAAAUUUAAAUUUAUAUUUUCUGGAUGAAUCCAGAUCGUCCACUGAGAGAUUUAUUUAUGGCAAAAGAAAAAGAAUGUCACACACACGCACACACAUUUGGACAAAUUGGCAACAAAGUUUUUUAUGGUUUUUUUUUAGACAACAAAUACUAGAAAAUAAAGUAAGGCAGAAAUUGAAAUAAACAUUAAACGUAAAAAUAUGAAUUUGGAUAGUGCUUGAGUUAAGACAAUUUCAGUACCAACCCGUUGAUUAUCAAAUUUUAGCACAAAAGAUUAGCAACAUUAAUUUAAUUUCAAAUAUGAGGGUUUGUUAUUAAAUGCAAUUAGAGAUGAUGAUAGUUCUAGUUUAAGCAAUCCCCAUACAUGAUAUGCGGGAUUCUAAUUUAAGCAACUACCAUAAAUCCAAUUACAAUUAAUAUACAAAACAACUAAAUUAAUCAUCCGGGUUUGGGUAUGAUAGCGUUUCCAGUUCUAGUAACUCUCAUACAUGGCAUGAAAGCUCUAAGUUAGGCUUACGCUCCAAUUCAAACCUAGUGAUUUCUUAAUAAUUAAGACACACUCAUACUGAAAUUUAAAUUAAUGUUACUCAUUUAAAGCGCAGCUUUCUUUGGGAAUCAUUGGCGUUGGACACUGUCUUUGCCUUAACCCAAGAUUAGAUUUAGUUACUCAUCUCCAUUUAUAAAUUAAUUGACAAGAAUUUAAAUGACAUAAUUUGAAUAACAUAAUUUAAAUGACGGGAAUUAAAAUAGUAGAAACUAACCGGCCAUUUAGGCGGUAAACAUUUAAAUGACAAGAAUUAAAAUUACAGAAAUUUAAAGGCAUAAACUAACCGGCCAUUUAGGUGGUGAAUAAUUAAAUGACAAGAAUUAAAAUUGCAGAAAUUUAAAGGCAUAAAUUAACCGGCCAUUUAGGUGGUGAAUAAUAAAGUAAUAAUAAAUGACAUAAGAAUUUAAAAGAAAAAAGGAAGUAAGUAAGAUCACAAGAGAGAAUAUUAAAGAAAAGGGGAAAGAAUAAGAACAAUUCUCAAAGAGAGAAUUAUAAAGAAAUAACUAAACUUUGAUUCAAGAAUAAUAAUCACACUUACAAAUGUAAUCAAGUGAGCUAUUUAUAGGCCACAAGAUGCAAUACAAAUCACACAAUUUUAAUUAUUCAAUUAGACAUAAUUAUAUCUAAUGGGCACUCACACACAUAAAGUUAAAUAGAUUUUAGCUAUAAUGUCCACCUAAUAGUUAAAUGGAUUUUAGCUAAAAAACACACCUAAUAAAGCUCACAUAAAAAAAUAAAAAUAAAUUUCUAUAAAUUGGUUUUUAAUCUUCAUUAGGAUUAAAAAUAAUUCUUGGGCCUUCUCCUAAUAAUAUCUUCCAUGAGUUGCUCAAAUUGGGCCUUAAUUCUUCAUGGGCUUGAAUUCUUCAUGGACUUUAAUUUUUCAUGGGCUUGAUUUCUUCAUAGGUUUUAUUUUUCAUAGGCUUGAUUUCUUCGUGGACUUGAAUUCUUCAUGGACUUGAAGUCUUCAUGGCUACAAAAAAAAAAUAAUUUAAUGUUAUUAAUAAAUUAUAUAUUAUAUAUAUAUUACAUGCAUACAUAUAAUGAUGUAUAUGUAUUAUAUAUAAUUUUAUAUAUUAUUAU